UGGCUCGAGAUGCCCGCCAUUUGUUUGUCGCGAAUUCUGCCUCUCCUCUCGCCCUCGCUCCCCCUUUCGCUCGGCUUUAGCACUCUGGCGACGAGCUAAUGGACGUCCUUCUCCUUUGCAGGUUCAACGAGAAGCACCAGGCCCACAGCUACGAGAAUUCAAAAUACAGUAGUAAGUACCGCUACAGCAACCAUGAGAAAAACAGGGACUCUCCCUCUACAAAUUCUCUGCGAUCCUCCUCACCAGACUCUCGAUCACAGUCUCCGCGCUACCACAAGGCUGCCAACUACUACAAGGUGCGUUACCGAGGAGACUACAGGGACAGAGGUGAGUUGUAUGACAGUCGAUCGCCUAAAGACCGCAGGCGAGAAGUGCGGGACCGUGAUAGAGAGCGGGAGCGUGACAGGGACAGCCGUGGAAACCAUGACCGAAUUAAUUCUGUUCACAAGAAAGAGGAAAAAGAACGUCUGGCGAGGGUGGGGGACUGGUCGGAGCAUGUAAGCUCAUCAGGCAAGAAGUACUACUAUAACUGCCGAACUGAGGUAUCCCAGUGGGAGAAGCCCCCAGAGUGGCUAGAAUGGGAGAGAGCACGUGCCAAGGAGACCUCUAAUAGGUCACAUGACAAGACCUCGAAUAGGCAAGACAAACAUUCCAGUUUAGGGGAGAGUUAUCGGGAAAGUCGGGAUAUCAGGGAUGGCGACCGAGACAGGAAUGACAGGGAUAGGAGAGAAAUGUAUCAUAGUGAAGAUAUGUAUGAUAGAAGAGACUCUAGAAAAUAUGGCCAAGAGGUUGGUGCGGCAGACAUGGACAUUUCUUCAGGUGAUAGUACUCCAACGUCAGAGCACCUCCAUAAUAGGGGCAGUGGUGAGAAUAGCCACGAUGUCAGUGGGGCCAAUGUGUCGUUAGCAUCAUCAGGUUUGGUGUCUGCGUCGGGCACCUCAGUAACGUCCACCCACGCAGGCUCGGCCCCUGCACUCCUGAGAACUAAGCUGGGAACCAGUUUAGGGAUGCUGCCCACAUCUCUACCCUCCUCCUUACCCCACCUGGGUAGCAGCACGGCGGCUAGGUAGCAGCAUCCCAACCCUCAGUGGUUCCACGCCCAUGGCUGUGCCGCAGCUCCUUAGCCACCACCCUCGCGUCAUAUCCCUCUCUAGUUCUCUGAACAAGGGUGGUGUUGAUGUGGAUACAGCAAAGACUGUCAACUCAAACAACUCUCAUUCUCAUGAUGGAGAGGGACAUCUAGUGAAAUUACAAUUAGAACCUCUAACAAUAACAGCAAAUAGUAAUAAUAUAGGUGGAGGUCCUCCCACACCAACACACUCUGAAAACCAAGAUGGCAUUGACAUCAGAAAAGUGGGUAGCCCAAGCAGCAGUAUUAACUCGCUACAGUCAUUGACGCAAACAACAGGAGGGUCAUUGGCAGGAGCAAAACCGUUAGUUCCUGCCCUCACGCCCAGUCUGGCUAACUAUUACAAUGAAACCCUCAUUUCACACGUACAAAACUGGCCAGCAGAGAAUUUAGAAAAACCGGCACAGAGAUUAGCUGAGGAAGCUCAUUCUGUUGGAAGUCUAGUGAUGACGCGGGUAUCUGCCGAGCUCAAGAUGGCACGGUCCUUGGUACGACUGGCAGAGAUACAGGCUACACUCCAUGAACAAAGGAUACUUUUUCUACGUGCUCAGAAGCGAGAACUUGAGGAGAUGAAGGCGCAGAAUUCCUUCAUGAGUGACACAUAGUGUUGGGCUGCCUGUGAUAGCUGCCUGGGUCAGUUGUCUGGAUGUUGACAUGCCUGGGAUUAUUUAUAAAGUGUUAUAUUUUCUUAAUCAUGUACUGGAUGUGUGAACAUUGGUGAAGUCCAAAGUGCAGGGUGUGGCAGUGAGGUGAGGCCCGAGUCCUCCCCUUGUGUGGGUUGUGGGCGAGUGCCAGCACCAGUAUCAUCACAGCAGCCAGUGCAAAGAUGACUGCUGCCACAGGCCAGGGUAACUGCCAGCUCUUCACAGGAUUCACCAACAACCUACCGUCCUGUGUCUGGCCCGGCCUACCCUGGCCACCCUCCACCGAUAACCCCAAUGUCAUCUAUGUUUCUCUGUGAUGAAUGACACAACUAGACACCUCUGAAGGCUGAGCCUGUACACUGAACAGCUCUGCUACGUCACAAUGUAAUACCGGCUAGCCAGAGGCUGGCACUGUAUCACACUCCCUGGGGUCUUGAGAAUCACCCCUUCGAGCAUCAUCUGUCCCGUUCCCCUUCGUCACUCUCACUCUGUGUUCCUUCUUUGCUGGCUGACUUGUCAAGCCCACGUGGAUAUCUGGAAGUCUUGGCAGAGCUCUCCAGCCCAAUAGGUUUGAAAAAAAAUAACAAGAAAAAAGAAUUGUUGUCUUAUUGCUUUACACAUUUCACAACAAAACACUAGUGAACCACUCCUCUUACCAGCAUGUCACUACCGGAAGGAUGUCACGGGCGGCUUCCACCAGCUCUAUUCCAGCAUCCGGGGAAUAAGUUGGGCGAAGCGAGCGGGGGUGACUUUUCUGUUGCGGUAGCAGUGGUACACGGAACUUUUACCUAUUUACUAUCAGUAGAUUCUGGAGAGCGUAGUUGAAUUUCUUAACUGCUUUCCGUAAUCAGUUAUCCAAGUGUAAGUCCUGUGAAUGUGUUUUGUGUUCUUGGUGACUGUCACAUGGUCCCCAGGGUUGGAUUUGAGGCAGUGUCUUGAGCAUUUUGAUGCUGACAGAUUAAAUGUUAUUUAAGUCAUUGUUUUUGCUGGCUAAUCUGUAUCUCAGACAGUCUUUAAAGUUCCAACUGGGCUGUGAAAAGUUUCAUUGUCAUGUUCUUUACCAGUUGUUGAUAUAUCUUCUUCAGGAGUCAUAUGUUUAACUAAAACUAUAAAUUUGUAGAUAAACCGGGUUAUUAUUAUAGUCACUGUUAUUUUCAUAAUUAUAUUAACUUUGUUUCUCUGUAGAAAUUUGGAGGCCAUUGUAGUGACUGUAAAGCAAGGAUUUCAAUGCCACCAACACAGCCUCUUAUUUUUACUUAAUUAUUAGAUUUUAUUUUCUUUGUAGUAGUCAUUGUUUAUGUUGUUUUUUACAAAGACAAAUUUUCCACACAAAAUGAUAAUAACAAGGGGCUGAUAUUACUAAGGACAUCUAGAUUUCUUUCAAGCAAUGUGAUUUUCUUUCUUUUUCUUCAUUUAUUUUCCCUUUUUUAUACUGUUUUUUUCAACUUGAUUGCACUGUCAAUAUACUCCGAUCAGUUGACAUGGUAACUAAUUUCUCUUUACAUCCUCUCUUCAUCAGGACUUCCUGUUUCUCACAAAAUUAUGGGGAAUUGAUUGAUGAUUGGAAGCCAAACAUCUAAUUUCUAUUUUUGAAGUGUGAGCCAGCUCAGUGACCACUCCAAAAGCCAAGUAUUGAAAAAAGGUUGUUGGGUGAAUGAUUAGUUUGAAGUUUUUUUGGAAAUAAAAGGAAUUUCUUGUUUAUUCUUGGUAAUGGAAAAACAUUACUUAUUUCUCCCCUCUUUGGUUCAUUAUUAUCAGUAGAUAUUAUGGUUUUUGUUUUGGGGUACUUUUAAGAAGAAAAAAAGUGUUUAAAGUGGUAAUCAUUGUUGUAUCACCUUUUGGGAGUCAAGAAGGGAGCAUUUAUGAGAGAGAUUAAAUGCACAUGAAACCAGCUAAUUGGAGCAAAGGCCAGAGCUUCGUCAGGAGAGCUAGAUUUUACGUCUUCAAGCUUGGCAGAAACUUGUAUCAGCCACAACAUUCACGUGAGAAGAGAGAAGGGAUAGUUCACC